AUAUGUCAAAAAGUUUUGUCUGUAUUGCAAAGUAAAUUGUUAUUGACAUUUGGCGCGAAGACUUCUUGAUUUUAUAAUGUUUUUGUGAUUUUAAGACGCUAAUAGUGUUUUUUUUCAGUGUCUCUCAUAAAUUUUCACGAUGCCAGCUUUCUUACGAUAUAUAGACAUGGAGAACUUCAAGUCCUACCGCGGGCGCCACCGCAUAGGGCCUCUGAAGUCUUUCACCGCAGUCGUUGGCCCCAAUGGCUCAGGAAAAUCAAACUUCAUGGAUGCUGUGAGUUUCGUUAUGGGGGAGAAGACAUCAUUGCUACGAGUGAAACGCCUCAGUGAUCUUAUCCAUGGAGCCUCUAUCAAUAAACCUGCUUCAAGAAGUGCGUCGGUGACAGCAACAUUUAUUCUGGAAGACAUGACAGAGAAGCAAUUCCAAAGGUCUGUCAUUGGGCAGUCAUCUGAUCACAAAAUUGAUGGACAGUCUGUGUCAGUAAGCCAGUACCUGGCUGAACUUGAGAAGCUGGGCAUCAAUGUCAAAGCCAAGAACUUCCUGGUGUUCCAAGGAGCCGUGGAGAGCAUCGCCAUGAAGAAUCCCAAAGAGAGGACUGCUCUGUUUGAGGAAAUCAGUGGUUCUGGAGUUCUGAAGGAGCAGUACGAGGCUUGCCGCGCGGAAGUCAACCGCGCCGAUGAAGAAGCACAGUUCUCCUACCAGAAGAAGAAGGGAGUUGCUGCCGAGAGAAAGGAGGCGAAGUACGAAAAAGACGAGGCUGAGAAAUAUACUAGGCUUAAAGAGGAGUUGCAACAACAGAGAGUGGAGUUGCAACUGUUCCACCUCUACCACAACGAACAGGACAUACAGAACGCUGAAGAGGAGCUCCAAAGUAAGCAGUCGGAGCUCGCUAAAGUGGAGAAGAAGAGGCAGAAAGCAGAGGAAGCUCUCAAAGAGAAGAAGAAGGAAACGGGCGCAGCGCAACGAGAACUCGCCAAGUUAGAACAGGAUAUCAGAGAAGUGGAAGCGGAGGUAUCCAAAAAGCGUCCAACCUUCAUCAAGGCGAAGGAGCGUGUGACCCACACACAGAAGAAACUCGAGGGUUCCAUCAAGACCCUGGAGCAGGCGCGUAAAGCCCACGAGGCUCAUCAGGCAGAUAUCAGGAAGCUGGAGGAAGAGCUUCGUCAAAUUGAGGAGCAGAAGGCGCAAUGGGAGGCCACCAUCACGGGCUCCAGCCACACCCGCGCCGACGUGCACCUUGAGGAGGCGCAGAUAAGAGAAUACGAAGAGCUAAAGAUGGAGGCGUCCCGCCAGGCGGCGCGCUACUUGCAAGAUCUGGACUCAGUCAACCGCGAGCAGAAAGCGGACCAGGAUCGCCUCGACAAUGAGAUGAGGCGUAAGGGCGAGCUAGAAAACAAACAUCGCCAAAAGGGCCAUGAGAGAAACGAGGCCAUGAAACGAGUGGAGAAACUGAAUGAACACAUCAAGAGCUCCGAGCAAGCCCUUGAGGAGCAGAAAAGACUGAGAGCCGAGCUACAAGCUGACGUAGGCUCGUGCCGUAGCCGUGGUGCCGCGCUCCAGGAAGCUCUAGAAGAUGUGGCUUCACAGUUGGGUGAUGCGAGAGUUGAUAAGCACGAAGAAGCGCGCAGAAAGAAAAAGCAGGAGAUCGUGGAGAACUUCAAACGGGAGAUUCCGGGAGUGUACGACCGCAUGAUCAACAUGUGUCAGCCCACCCACAAGCGGUACAACGUGGCCAUCACCAAGGUGCUCGGCAAGUACAUGGAAGCCAUCGUGGUUGACACGGAGAAGACUGCGCGGCGCUGCAUCCAGGUCCUCAAGGAGCGAAUGCUUGAGCCCGAGACGUUCUUGCCGCUGGACUACAUCCAGGCGAAGCCCCUGCGCGAGCGGCUCAGGGAUAUAAAGGAGCCGAAGAACGUGAAGUUGUUAUUCGACGUGUUGCGUUUCGAGCCGCCGGCCAUCCACCGCGCGGUGCUGUUCGUGACCAACAACGCGCUGGUCUGCGAGACGCCCGAGGACGCGUCGCGCGUCGCUUACGACCUUGACCGCACCAAGAACAGCCGUUACGACGCGCUGGCGUUAGAUGGAACUUUCUACCAGAAGUCCGGUAUUAUCUCUGGUGGUUCUCUGGACUUGGCGCGUAAAGCCAAGCGUUGGGACGAGAAGCACCUUUCCCAGCUUAAAGCCAAAAAGGAAAAACUGACUGAGGAGUUGCGUGAGUCUAUGAAGAAAUCCCGCAAGGAGUCUGAACUUACGACCGUCGACUCGCAGAUUCGCGGACUCGAAUCCCGGCUCAAAUACGCACUAACGGAUCGCGACACUACGUUAAAACAAAUAAAAACUCUCGAUGCGGAACUCGCCGAAUUGGAGCGCAGAAUGGAUAUGUUCGGGCCUCAAAUCGAAGAGAUCGAGCGCACGAUUUGCGAUCGCGACGCCAAAAUACAGGAGAUAAAAGAGAAUAUGAACAACGUAGAGGACGUGGUCUUCCGCGGAUUCUGCCGGGACAUCGGCGUCGCCAACAUACGUCAGUACGAGGAGCGCGAAUUGCGCGCGCAACAGGAACGUGCUAAGAAGCGGAUGGAGUUCGAGGCGCAAAUCGACCGGAUCGCGUCCAACUUGGAGUUCGAGCGAUCGCGCGACACGCAGAAGAACGUAACACGGUGGGAGCGCACAGUGCAAGAUGGCGAGGAUGAAUUAGAGGCCAGUCGCCAAAUCGAAACAAAGCAGAGACAAGACAUUGACCGCGAACUUAGACGCGCGGACGCCCUCAAGGCCGACCGAACCGCGGCCCGAGCGGCCCAGGACAAGGCCGAUGACGCCGUGUCCGCGGCCCGCAAAGAAGUGGCUAGCAUACAGAAGGACAUCCAGACGGUUCAGAAACAGAUCGCGAGCAUCGAGUCCCGCAUCGAGAGUCGCCGCAGCGAGCGACAUAACAUAUUGCGACAGUGCAAGAUCGAAGACAUCUCGAUCCCUCUGCUGGAGGGUAGUUUGGAGGAAGAGGGUGAUUCAGAGUCCAGCGCUGCGCUACAGCGACGUGAAUCCAGGAUCCGCGUCGACUACAGCUCCCUGAACGACGCUCUGAAAGAGCUCGAAGAGCAGGACGAGAUAAAACGCAAAGGCGACCGGCUUCAGAAGGCUAUCAACUCGCUGCAGAACACCGUCGACAAGAUCCAAGCGCCUAAUAUGAGGGCAAUGCAAAAACUGAACGAAGUGCGCGAAAAAGUUAACGCCACGAACGAGGCUUUUGUCGCGGCGAGGAAACGUGCGCACAAAGCCAAACUGGCCUUCGAAAAGGUAAAGAAGGAACGUCACGAUAAGUUCAUGGAUUGCUUUGAGCACGUAUCUAACGAGAUCGACGCUAUCUAUAAGUCCCUGGCGAUGAACCAGUCCGCGCAGGCGUUUUUAGGGCCCGAGAACCCCGAGGAACCUUAUCUGGAUGGAGUCAACUACAACUGCGUGGCGCCCGGCAAGAGGUUUCAGCCGAUGUCCAACCUGUCCGGUGGAGAGAAAACUGUAGCGGCGCUCGCGCUACUCUUCGCAAUACACAGCUACCAGCCGGCGCCGUUCUUCCUUCUGGACGAAAUCGACGCGGCUCUGGACAACACCAACAUCGGCAAGGUCGCGUCCUUCAUCCGGUCCAAGAAGGGCUCGCUGCAGACCAUCGUCAUCUCGCUCAAGGAGGAGUUCUACGGGUGCGCCGACGCGCUGGUUGGCAUCUGCUCGGAGCCUGCUGAUUGCCUCGUGAGUGACGUAAUAACGCUCAGCCUCGAGAACUACCCUGAUUAAGCUUUUGUUCAUUGUGUAAUAGAACUACGAACAAGAGUCCAACGAAACUUAUGCCCACGCCGAUAAUAUCGCACGGGUGACAUUAUCACGCAAUAUGGCGUAGUCUUCCAGAACGGGAAGUUGUUGGAGUUUUUUUCUUUCUAAAUGUAUUUAUGCAUGACACACAUAUUACUUAUUAAAAUAAUUAUUCAAAUAA